AUGGAUCACGACCAGCUCUUCAAGGCCUCUGCCGCUGGACUGGCCGCUGCGGCUCUCACCACCGUGCCCGCCGUGACCGCAAUCGUCUCCCAGAUCCGAUCCCGCGCCCCCAAGGACAAUUUCUAUGAGGACCAGGAUGGUGUCGCUACACCCGAAUCUAUCGCUGCUUUUUCCAACAAGGCUAGCAAGUUUGCCGUGACUUUUUUGGCCGCCUCGACUGCCGCAUUGUCAAUUGCUCUCGCCGUCCUGAAUACAACCGAUUCUUCUCACGGAAACCUGUUCCUGUCCACCUGGCUCACCACAGGUGCUUGGAUCCUCAUCUUGCUGCAAGCCGCUUGUAUGAGUGCUCACCACAACUUCAUUAAAGUCUAUGACCUCGGUCUUGGCAUCUUCCUUGCCUCCCUCGUCAACAUAAUCGUCGGAGCCGCCGAAACCAACCAUGUUGGCCAAUACCAGUCUCUCCAGCACGACAUCACUCUCAUCCUGCGCAUCUGCACUAUUGCUUCUGCCGGUCUUCUCGCCAUCUCAUCCACGCUCAUCCCCCGCCGUCCCGACGUCUUCUACAACAAUGAGCCUAUCGAUCGCAACUUCAGCGUCAAUGCCCUUAGCAGAUUUACCUGGGGCUGGGGUCGCAAGACUCUCGACCUCGGAGGCAAAAAAGGCGACUUGAAGCAGACCGAUGUCCCUCGCCCGCCUAGCUACGCUCGAUCCAAGGUUCUCGUUGAAGCCUGGGAGAGCUUCAAGUUUGGUGCUGGUCUACUUCGCAACCUCAUCCGCGUCUACGGCUGGCGCUUUGCUAUUCAGUGGACAGGUACCCUCUUCCGUGUCGCCGUUGGCAUGAUUCCCUACAUCAUUCUCCUCAGGCUCAUCCAGAAGCUCGAAACUACUCCCAAGGAUGAGAUGAGGUUUGGCGAUUUCUGGCUUCAUAUUGUUGGUCUUGGACUGUGCGGCAUCGUUGAGCAGUGGCUUGAUGGCUACCUGAAUUGGUAUGCCAUUGUAGGCAUGGGUAUCCCCAUGUCUGCACAGCUCUCCGCCCUGGUCUUCGAGAAGUCUCUCCGACGCAAAAAUGUCAAGACAGCAGAGAAGAACCGUGACUCUGAGGCAGAGGCCAAGAAGGGUGACGACAAGGACAAGAAAAAGGACGACAAGGAUGAUAAGGAGGAUCCGUCCGAUAAAACCGUUCUUCGAUCGCGACAGGCCAUUGUCAACCUUGUCGGUGUCGACUCGAGACGUAUUGCCGAUUUCCUUGCUAUGCAUUUCAUCAUCAUCAACGCCAUUUCAAAGCUCGUUCUUUACUCCGUCUUCCUCAUUCAGCUCAUUGGUUACCAGCCAUACUUGGCCGGUGUCGUCGCCUGGGCCAUUGUCCUGCCAAUCAACAUGUACGCCUCUAAGAUUUAUCUCAAGCAGGAGGAUAAGCUCAUGAAGAUUCGCGACGAGAAGCUUGCCAUGAUCAAUGAAGCUCUCCUCGGUAUUCGUCAGAUCAAGUUCUCUGCUCUGGAAAAGGAGUGGUCCGCCCGUAUCAUGGCCAAGCGUGGAAAGGAGCUGGGUACUAUUCGCCGCAUCUUCGCCAUCGAUCUCAUCCUCUUCACUUGCUGGAUUGUCAGCCCUAUCCUGCUUGCUGUCGUCUCUCUCGCUGUCUAUGCUGUUCAAAAUGGAGCUUUGAAGCCUUCUACGGCUUUCGUUGCCAUUGGUAUCUUCAAAAGUCUUGAAAUGAGUCUCUCUGUUCUUCCUGAAUUCAUCGGCUAUGGCCUUGAUACACUCAUUUCGGUUCGUCGACUUGGCAAGUACCUUGAGGGCCCUGAGAUGACCGACAUUAUCACCCGCGGCUAUGAUGCUGCUCUUGACAAUGCCUCUAUUGCCUGGCCUGUUGAUGACGACGUUCCUGAAGAGGAGCGAUUUGUCCUUCGCGACCUGAAUUUAUCCUUCCCCCAGGGUGAGCUUUCUGUCAUUUCCGGCAAGACUGGCACUGGCAAGAGUCUUCUGCUGUCGUCUCUCAUUGGUGAGGUCGAUCUUCUCGCUGGUAAAGUCCUCAUGCCCCCUGUACCCCCCCUGGAUGAGCGCAACGACACCAAGGCUCACAAGGGCAACUGGAUUCUUCCCGGCACUGUUGCAUACGUCAGCCAAAGCCCCUGGCUCGAAAAUGCCACUCUGCGCGACAACAUCACCUUUGGUCUGCCAUACGACGAAGAGCGCUACAACACUGUCGUUGAGGUCUGUGCUCUGCGCAAGGAUCUUGACAUUCUCGAGGACGGUGACCAGACUGAGCUGGGUGCCAACGGUAUCAACCUGAGUGGUGGCCAGAAAUGGCGCGUCACCCUUGCUCGUUCUGUGUAUUCGCGUGCCGAGCUCUUGCUCCUUGACGACAUCUUUAGCGCCGUCGAUGCUCACGUUGGCCGACAAAUCUUCGAGAAGUGCAUUGCUGGUCCCAUCUGCCACGGCCGUACCCGUAUCCUCGUUACCCACCACGUUGCUCUGGUUGAGUCCAAGACCAAGUACCUUGUUGAGCUUGGCGAAGGCACUGUCCUCCACUCUGGUCUUACCAGUGACCUCGCCGAGGACGGCACCCUCUCCAAAAUUCGCAGCCACACUCAAACUGAAGCCGAAAUCCAUGCCGACGAAACCGCCAACGCCGAGACCAUGGUCAACUCUGAAGAGGCUUCCGAUGCUGAGAAUGAAUUGCAAAAGGUUCCUUCCAAGUCUGCCAAGAAGUUUGUCGAAGACGAAACAAUCGAAAAGGGUUCUGUGAAACGUCACGUCUAUGCUACUUACAUCAACGCCAGUGGCGGUCUCCCUUUCUGGAUUGCUUGUGGUUUCUUCUACAUUGCCUAUGAAGCUGGCAAUGUUGGUCGCAACUUUUGGCUUCAGAUUUGGACUGGACAGUCUGUGAAACAGCCUGCCGAUAACUCAACUAUGUCUGUCAACACAUUCUCUUCGCACGGCACCGCCAGCAUGUUCUCGUUGCAGCACGGCAACCUCCAUGCUUCUGCUGCACCUGUUCACGAUAACGACCAGCAUCUGGGCUUCUACCUCGGUAUCUACGCUGCUAUUGCUUUGGCAAGUGGCAUCGUUGGCUCUAUGCGCAUGCUCUGGGCUUUCACCAUGAGUCUCAAGGCUAGCCACAAGCUCUUUGAACAAAUUGUUUUCACCGUUGUGCGCACGCCCCUAAGAUGGCUCGACACUGUUCCGGUUGGCCGAGUCCUCAACCGUAUGACUGCCGAUUUCGAUGUUAUCGACACACGCCUGAGCUUCAGCAUCAGCUUUUUCAUUGGCAGAUGCUUGGCAAUUAUUGCUGUCUGUGCCGCCUCCACUCUUGUCACUCCAAUUGUUCUGCCCCUGGCCCUCCUACUCAUCAUUGGUGCCGGACUCAUCGGUAAGAAGUACAUGGAUGGUGCUCGACCUAUGAAGCGUCUUGAAAGCAAUUCCAAGUCGCCCGUCUUUGAGCUGUUCAACACUACGCUUUCUGGCGUUUCCACACUGCGAGCUUUCCAGAAGAGCAAGGACUACACCAACCGCAUGCAUUACCACCUCGACACUUGGAACACGAACAAGGUUCACUUUUGGAUCUUCAACCGUUGGAUGGGUAUCAGAAUGGCUGCUAUUGGUACCAUCUUCACCACUUGUGUUGGCGUCGUCAUUAUACUCACCAAGACUAACGCUGCCAUGGCCGGUUUCGCCAUGUCCUUUGCUCUUGAUUUCGCCAACACCAUUCUUUUCGCUAUCCGAGCCUAUGCCGGCCUGGAGCUCGACAUGAACGCUGCCGAGCGUGUCGUUGAGUACUCGGAGCUGACGAUGGAGAAGCAGGACGGUGUUGAACCUCCAGCUGCCUGGCCUACUUCCGGCACUAUCGAGAUGAAGGACGUGGUUGUGGGCUAUGCUGAUGGUCUUCCUGCCGUUCUCAAAGGUGUUACCUUCAACGUGAAGAACAACGAGCGCGUUGGUGUCAUUGGUCGCACCGGCGCGGGCAAGUCUUCCAUGACUCUUGCUCUCUUCCGUUUCCUCGAAGCGCGCUCCGGCUCCAUCAUCAUUGAUGGCGUCGACAUUUCCAAAAUCGAUCUCCACAGUCUGCGUUCGCGCCUAGCCAUUAUCCCUCAAGAUCCCGUGCUGUUUUCCGGAACCGUUCGUUCUAAUCUCGAUCCUUUCGAGAAAUACAGUGACGAGGAGCUUCGCGAAUGUCUUCAGCGUGUCCACCUCAUCGACUCUCAGCCUGUCACUCCUGCCAACGAGCCGGCGUCGUCCUCCAACUCCACCGUCGCUCCGCAAAAUACCAACAUCUUCAGGGACCUCAACAGCGGCAUCUCCGAGUCUGGUGGCAACCUCUCCCAAGGCCAGCGCCAGCUCCUUUGCAUUGCCCGCGCCAUUGUCUCACGUCCUAAGAUCAUGGUCCUCGACGAGGCCACGUCGGCCGUCGACAUGGGGACGGACGUGCUCAUCCAGCGGAGCAUUCGUGAGGAAUUUGACAACAGCACCCUUCUCGUCAUUGCGCAUCGUCUGAGUACUAUUGCGGACUUUGACAAGAUCCUCGUCCUUAGCGAAGGCACUGUUGCUGAAUACGGCAGCCCCAAGGAGCUCUGGGAGAAGGAGGGUAGCAUCUUCCGCGACAUGUGUGAGCACAGCGGUGAGAAGGACAAACUCGAGGCGACCAUUCAAGGCAAGAAGUAA